GUACAUUCCCACCUUGAGCCUACAGAAAACUCGAGCCUGCCUCGACACAGAAGGGGAGUUGGAAGUAAUUAUUCAUAUAAAGAACCUGAUAUCUGUAUUGCUGUGUGAUUGAUAUAUCGGUUGAUCGAAGCGGUGCUUGCCACAACCUGGGAACACGCCUCUCCAGACAUCGAAGACUCUUUUGGAAAGCCUGGAACAAGAUCUUGAUGCACGGUGCGAAAUGUGGGUAAACGCCCCGCCCUUUUCAGUGAGGAUUGCGGGGAAAACCCACUGGAUUGGGCAGGUCCCCGGGUCUUAGAUCCCCAAGCAGCACGCCUGAGGGCGCACCUGACCAGGAACAGUGGCUUGCUUCCUGGGGGCGAUGACGUUGAGCACGCAGCAUGCUGUGGCUGAAGCAGCGACACCUCGGGAUAUUCACAUGCCAUUCUUUAUGCGUCAACAACAAGCCAUAACCGAAAGAACAAGAGAGACACGACAUCCAAUUCUAAGCGAUCCUCUUUAACACAACGCUUGCUAACCCGAUGUUUACUCCGGGACCGACGCACCUCGACAGCCCGACAACAAACACAAGUGUCUCUUUUACAGUUUAAACCAAAGUCACGUCCACCCGCCGUUUUAUCCCAAAAACUCUACCUACGGCUCUCGGUUUCCGCCUCCUUACCAACCACUAUCUAAGCUACACCACACCACAAAUAAACAAACAACGACACGGUAUAUAAGGGUCCGAAUGGAAUAGAGCGCUUGAGCCCGGAGGCUCGGGAGGAAUAACAAAACUACACGCCCCCCUCCCUUUUUCGGAUCUCGUCGCGUGCAACCGACGACGACAACGGUCAUGGCAGUCCAGUCAACCCUCCGGCACUCGGCCGCUGAGGAGGCCAUUGCCACCUUUGUCGAAAAGUACGGCGAACUCAUCCGCACAAAGCUGCGCAGCACGUCCAAAACAACGCGCCUGCUAUGCACCCUCGCUCUCGCCACCUCCAUCAUCCUCGCUGGCGAGGGCACCCGUCGGAAGUGGAAACGCAAGCGUGAGGAGCGCGAGACAGGGAGGAAACUUGUGCGAACUAACUCUUGGCUACACAACAAGGACGGUUCUCGCACCAUUUAUGUUCCUUACAAGGAUGGCACCUCCAAGGUUGUCAUCUCGAGUACCAAGCCGCUCACCUUUGAGGCCCAUCGCAGACUGUUCCUUAACCCACCUAGGGUAUCUGGGUUGGGAGAUGGCCACGUCCCGGCAGCACAAACCAAACCGGGUCUUAACCUCGCCUUCCUCCACCAGUUUCUCAGUCUCAUGAGCAUCAUGAUCCCCCGCUGGACAAGCAAAGAAGCAGGUCUCCUCGUCAGCCACGGCGCCUUCCUCAUGUUGCGCACCUAUCUCUCCCUAGUAGUCGCCCGCCUAGACGGUGAAAUCGUCCGUGAUCUCGUGGCAGGAAACGGGAAAGCCUUCCUCCUCGGUCUAGCCAAGUGGUGCGGUCUCGGUGGCUUUGCCUCUUACACCAACGCCAUGAUCAAGUAUCUCGAAUCCAAGAUCUCGAUCGCCUUCCGCACGCGUCUCACCCGUUACAUUCACGACCUGUACCUCAAUGACAAUCUAAACUACUACAAGCUCCACAACCUCGACGGAGGCGUCGGCCAGGGAGCAGAUCAGUUCAUCACCCAGGAUCUCACACAGUUCUGCGCCGCUGCCGCAAACUUGUACUCUUCCCUUGGAAAACCGUUUGUUGACAUCUGCGUGUUCAACUACCAGCUCUACCGCUCGCUCGGCCCGUUGGCGUUGACGGGUUUGUUGAGCAAUUACUUUCUUACCGCCUCCAUCCUCAGGAAAUUGUCUCCCCCCUUUGGCAAGCUCAAGGCUGUCGAGGGCAGGAAAGAGGGUGACUUUAGGAGCCUGCACGCGAGGUUGAUCGCCAAUGCGGAGGAGGUGGCGUUUUAUGGCGGUGCCGAGAUGGAGAAGACGUUCUUGAACAAAGAGUUCAAGAGUCUGAAGAAUUGGAUGGAGGGGAUUUACAUGCUCAAGAUUAGGUACAACAUCUUGGAGGAUUUCAUUCUCAAGUACAGCUGGAGUGCGUAUGGCUACCUUUUGUCGUCACUGCCUGUUUUCCUGCCUGCUUGGGGUGGGCUUGGGGGGGCGACAGAGGUUGCCGGUGCGACUGCUGUUAAAGGAGGGAGGGAAAGGGAGAGGAUGAAGGAUUUUAUUACGAAUAAGAGGUUGAUGUUGAGUCUGGCUGAUGCAGGCGGGAGGAUGAUGUACAGCAUCAAGGAUCUGAGCGAGCUGGCUGGGUAUACCAGUCGGGUGUACACGCUUAUUUCUACUCUGCACAGGGCGCACGCGAAUGCGUAUUAUGUCCGCGGGAGGGAGAACGAGCUGUACUCGCUGAGCGAUGUGCAGGGGACCAUCCAAAAGGGGUUUGAUGGGGUGAGGUUGGAGAAUGUGCCAAUUGUGGCUCCCGGUUUGUGGCCUCAGGGCGGUGAGGAGUUGCUCGAGAGCUUGAGCUUGAUUGUGAGGCGGGGGGAUCACCUGCUGAUUUCGGGGCCGAACGGGAUUGGAAAGUCGGCUAUUGCGAGAGUGAUUGCGGGGUUGUGGCCGGUUUAUCGGGGGUUGGUGUCUAGGCCGAAGAACAAUGGGGAGGAUGGGAUCAUGUUUUUGCCUCAGAGGCCGUAUCUGAGCAUCGGGACGCUGAGAGAUCAGGUUAUUUAUCCUGACGGGGAGGCGGACAUGAGGGAGAAGAGGAAGAAUGAGUAUGAUCUCAAGAGGGCGCUUGAGCAGGCGAAGCUGGGGUAUUUGCCUGAUCGAGAGGGGGGGUGGGACACGAGGAAGGAGUGGAAGGAUGUGUUGAGCGGUGGUGAGAAGCAGAGGUUGGCGAUUGCGAGGUUGCUCUAUCACGAGCCGCAGUAUGCGUUUAUCGAUGAGGGGACGAGCGCGGUGAGCAGUGAUGUGGAGGGGUUGUUGUAUGAGACUUGCAAAGAGAAGGGUAUCACCCUCAUCACCAUCUCCACCCGCGCUUCGCUUAAGAAAUACCACACCUACAACCUUGUCCUCGGCCUCGGCGAGCGCGGAGACGAGUGGGAGGUCCAGCGCAUCGGCACCGAAAGCGAGAAGAUGGCUGUCGAGAAGGAGCUUCACGAUCUGAGGGAGAGGUUGGCUCAGGUAGAAAAGUGGAAGAAAAGACGGGAGGAGAUUGAGACGGAGCUCAACAAGGUCUGGGUUGGUGGUCAGGAGGAGGAGCUGGGCGCGCCUGCUUAUGUCGUCGGUGAGGAGCAGCAGAAGGAGGAGGAACAGGAUCGGCAGACGGAGGCGGAGGAGACGCAGGAUGAGUACCAGGAGGCGCAGAGCAGGGUUAUGAGUGACGAUGAGGGGGAUGAGACGGAGACGGAGGAGCAGAGGACCGGGACGGAGGGGUCGGGGAUUGUGGUAUAGCAAGGAUUUUUCGUGUAACACUUUGUAGUAAUGUUGAAUGCGAAUUGGAUAUCUGAGGUAUUGAAGGGGAUAGAUAUUUAUUUUGAA